AUGCAUGUGAAGUUCUUCAGCCUCAUUUGGCUGUCCGUUUUCACACUGGCAGCCCAAGGCCAGUCCCAGCAGGCGGCUUCAGCGAAUAAGACGUUUCACAACCCGAUUCUCCCGGGAUGGAACUCGGAUCCUAGCUGCACGUUCGUGAAGGAAUGGGGAAACACUUUCUUUUGCACUGUCUCUUCCUUCUUAGCCUUUCCGGGUGUCCCGGUCUAUGCCAGCAAAGACCUAGUCAACUGGAAACUUGCGAGCAACGCCCUGACACGGCCUGAACAAUUACCGGAACUAUCCAGGAACUCGGGACAAAAUGAAGGAAUAUGGGCGUCGACUAUUAGAUACCACAAAGGCACCUUCUACCUCAUCACGUCUUACGUGUCUUGGUACGAAGGAUGGGGGCCCAAGAUCUUGCUGUUUACCACGACUGACCCUUUCGAUGAUGCCUCCUGGACUGGCCCUCUACACGUUGAGAAUCCCGCCAACGAUAUCGAUCCAGAUAUUUUCUGGGAUGGGGGCAAGGUCUACAUGUCAGUCGCGGCGGGCAUCUGGGUCAGCGAGAUCGAUCUUUCCACAGGCACAGCAACUGAGCCCUCCAAAGUCUGGAACGGAACCGGCGAUCGCAACCCUGAAGGGCCUCACUUCUAUCACAAGGACGAUUACUACUACCUGCUAAUCGGCGAGGGUGGUACGGAGACUAACCAUUCUGUCACUAUUUCUCGAGCGAAACAGUUCGAAGGCCCAUUUGAGGGGGCACCGCAGAACCCGUUCCUAACAGCUAAAAAUACUAACAGGUAUUUCCAAACUGUUGGACACGCAGAUUUGUUCCAAGAUGCCUCGGGAAACUGGUGGGGGGUCGCAUUAGCCACCAGGUCCGGCCCCGAGUGGGAGAUCUAUCCAAUGGGCCGCGAGACGGUGCUCUUUGCAGUCAACUGGAAAGAGAAUCAGUGGCCGAUCCUGGAUCCUGUGUUCGGCACAAUGACUGGGCCACUGCCGCCGACGAACAAACGCAUCCCUGGAGACGGCCACUGGAUCGAUGACCCAGAUGUCGUUGACUUUGUGCCGGGCUCGGGUAUCCCAAGGCACUUCCUCUUCUGGCGUCCUCCCAAGACCUCACUCUUCGCCGUCUCGCCAAAGGGGCACUCCAACACGCUCCAGAUAUCCCCUUCGCCAGUCAACCUGUCUGCUACGCCUGAAUUCCAGCCGGCUGAGGAUGGCCUCGGGUUCAUCGCUCGCAAGCAGAGCGCAACCCUGUUCAAUUACACCGUUGACGUGUCGUUCAAGCCCGAGGUUGAAGAGGAGGAAGCAGGCAUCUCAGUCUUUCUGACACAAGUUCAGCACAUCGACUUGGGGAUCGUCAAUCUCGCAUCUCGCAACGGGACGAACUCGACCUUAGCUUUCAGGUUCCGUGUGGAGGCGUCCGGGAAACCCAACAUUACUGUUCCCGAGACGAUAAUCGUUCCUGUCCCGAGGGCCUGGCGACCGGAGAAGAUCCGUCUGUCAGUUUCUGCUGUCAGCGAUUCGCUGUACGUCUUCGGCGCGGCGCCGGCCUCAAGCCCAGGAGAGUACCGAGAAAUUGGGUCUGCGAGCGCCUUGAUUGUCUCUGGAGGCACCGGGCCAUUCACAGGUACCAUCGUUGGCGCAUAUGCUACUAACAACGGCGGCAAGGGGAAGACGCCGGCAUUUUUCAGCAGGUGGAGAUAUACUCCUCUCGCGCAAAAGAUUGACGAUGAUACUUUUAUUUCAGCUGAAUAA